CAUGGCGGCCAACGUGACAGGCAAAGUGGACAGGAAAAUUUCCAUGGAGGAAGGUGGGGAAGAUGCGAAUACUGCUCAGGCAGGGAGCACUCAUGAGGAAUUUACGGAGACGGAAGAAGUGAGGGCUUUAAUCAGCAGCUUGGCAACCGUUUACACCGAUCAGAUAUCCGUGGAACUAGCAGUAGAAAAGUUCACCGUGAUUGUGGACAAAUACCAGGAGCAGCCUCAUCUGAUGGACCCACACCUAGAGGGUAUAUUGCUCCCCCUGCUAGACAUUGCUAGGCAGUCUGGUAUCGAUCCACCGCUGUCCCAUCUGGCAUUCAAGUUCAUGUACCUGCUGACAAAGGCCCGUGGGUUCAAGACUAUUGUGCGUAUUCUGCCUCAUGAGGUCGCUGAUCUGGAGCCAGCGCUGGCCCUCCUGACCAGGCAGGAUCCAGCAGAUUUUGAGACCUGGGAGACUCGCUACAUGCUGCUGCUCUGGAUGUCCAUCAUCUGCAUGAUCCCGUUUGACAUGGCCCGGCUGGACAGUAAUGCCCCGCUGGAUGACGAAGGGAGAAAGAGGGAGCCCACCAUGAUGAGAAUCAUCAAUGCCGCCAAGAUUUACCUGCGGGUAUGUGACAAGUCGAGGGAUGCUGCUGCACUGAUGAUAGCAAAAUUUCUGACUCGCCAUGACGUCAAACAAGAACUGCUCCCAAGCUUCUUGGACUGGUGUCUGCGCAGCCUGACGGAGACAAACUAUGACACAAUGACUGGCAUGACAUUUCUAUCUGGGCUUCUGUAUACUUUGGCUUCCCUGUUCAAGAUUGGCAAAAGGGAGGAUCUCGUUGAGUACGCACCAGUGGUUCUGGAGAGGCUGGUAGCCUGUCAUCUCUUUGACAGUAACAACACUCAGCUGCACAAACUGGCCAUUAAGCUGACCCAGCGACUGGGUUUGACCUUCCUCUGUGCCAGGACGGCUGCCUGGAGGUAUCAGCGAGGCAGUCGGUCCCUCGCUGCCAACCUUAAUAGCCAGGUCUCGGCUCCCCUGGCCGUGGGAACGGGCAGCUCUCAAAUCGCUACGGAGGAUGAUGAUGAAGAAUACGACGUACCUGAAGAAAUUGAGGAAGUCAUUGAGCAACUCCUUGUCGGUCUGAGAGACAGAAGCACAAUAGUCAGAUGGUCUGCAGCUAAGGGUGUGGGACGGAUGACGGGAAGAUUACCCAGGGAGCUGGCCGAUCAGGUGGUGGAGUCUGUGCUGGAACUCUUCUGUUUGGGGGAGUUGGACGGUGCCUGGCACGGUGGUUGUCUGGCAUUAGCUGAACUAGGACGGCGUGGCUUGCUGUUACCAGAGAGAUUACCAGAAGUUGUACCAGUUGUCUUGAAGGCACUUGCCUAUGAUGAGAAGAAAGGUUCCUGCAGCGUGGGUGCUCACGUACGCGAUGCGGCGUGCUAUGUCUGCUGGGCCUUUGCCCGGGCCUACGACCCACAGGACAUCAAACCCUACAUCAACAAGCUGGCCUCGGCUCUGGUCAUCACCACGGUCUUUGACCGGGAAGUCAACUGCAGGAGAGCAGCAUCGGCUGCCUUUCAGGAGAAUGUCGGUCGUCAGGGUACCUUCCCCCAUGGUAUUGACAUCCUAACGACAGCCGACUUCCUGGCAGUCGGCAACAGGACCAAUGUCUUUCUGCACAUCAGUUGCUACAUUGCCGAUUUUGAAGAGUACACACUGCCACUCAUAGACCACUUGGCCAAGAUCAAGAUAGGUCACUGGGAUGGUGCAAUCCGCGAGUUGACAUCCCAGGCCUUACACAACUUGACACCCAAAGCUCUCAACUACAUGAUAGAAACAGUCCUUCCUUCGUUGAUACCCCUGGCCACUGGAAUUGACUUGUUCACGCGACACGGUGCUUUGCUGGCAGCUGCUGAGGUCACGCAUGCACUCUACAAACACGCCAUUGAAACUAACAGAACCGUUUCAGAUGUACUGGGUCCUGAAAGUGUUGCAGGAUUAAAACAAAUUGUCAAAACGAUGGUGGAGGCCAAAAUGUUCCGGGGUGUGACCGGCGAGUUACUGAGACCAGCCGUUUGUGUCUUCAUCGAGAAGAUGUCCCUGUCCAAACUUCGAUGUCACGGAGACGACAUUCUAGAGGUGUGGCAGUUUGUGUUGGAUGAUAACCUGAUCGGUUUGCAGCGUACGGAGGUGGACAUCCAGAGCUAUGCAGUCAAGGCAUUGGGAGCCUUCUACAUGGAGUACUACCAACAGCCAGAUGGCACGGUGCUGCCGGGGUUACAGGAUAAGGUUUUAGACCGGUACCUGCAUGAGCUGGCUACCAGCCAACAGGAAAUGGGCCGUAUGGGUGCUGCCAUGUCGCUGGGUCGCCAGCCCAAAUUCAUGCUGGAGACCAAACUCAUGAAGGUACUUCAAGGCCUGGCCAAGGCUUCCUCCAUCUCCAGCCAAACGGAAAAGUUUGCGGAGUCCAGGAGAGAUGUGAUUAAGGCCAUAGCAAGAAUUUGCAAGACAGUAGGAAUCAAAGCAGAUGGCGACCCCACCUGCCUUGUGUGCGGCGAUAACAUAGGCAUGGUGUACUCAGCGUUACUUGGAGCCAUGAAGGAUUACACCACCGACAGCAGAGGGGAUGUCGGUGCAUGGGUGCGAGAAGCAAGCAUGACAAGUCUGCGUGAGCUUACCAGCCUUGUCGUUAAAACUGAACCCACACUAAUCACAGCAGACACAAUCCAGCAACUGAUGCAGUGUCUGGCACAGCAGGCUUCCGAGAAGAUCGACCGUACCAGAGCCUGCGCUGGUGCGGCGAUUCUGGGACUAUUACACCACGAGCCUCAGGUGCCCUACAUACCAUGCAGAGAACAACUCCUGGAGAUCUUCCCCAGGAGCGACCUUCAGGAGUUGAACUGGAGUGCGCCGUCGGAGUCCUUCCCCAAGAUGACCCGGCUGCUCGACCUGCCUGUGUACCGGCACCACGUCCUGCUGGGGCUGACGGUCAGUGUCGGCGGCCUGACAGAAUCCUUGGUCAAGCAUUCCAGUCAGUCCCUGAUGGCCUACCUCAAAGGUCUGUCAUCCCUCACUGACUUGGAGGGAUUUGUCUCCGCGAUGCUGGACGUGUUCCAGGAAUAUGAGAAAGUGGAUAGAGUGACGCUGCCUAUGAUGAAGAUGAUCAAUAUAUUAUUGUCCGCUGGAUCACUGGAAAUAUUUGCUGAAAAUGAAGACCACCAGUUUCCAGUGCAGCUCCUUGACAGGAUGAAGAAAGAGAUUGCCAAAUGCGGGGAACCUCAGAAGCUUCUGGCAAGCGUCGACGUCUUCUGCAGCAUGAUUGUGUUUCCUGGGGUGACGAGACGAAAGUGCCUAUUCCAAGUCCUGAUGUUUCUCUGCCACAAAUACCCCAAGGUGAGGAAGACUUCAGCGGAGAAGCUGUACGAGAUGUUGCUGAUGUAUGAUGACGUUGUGCCGGAAGACAGUCAAGAAGAGAUACUGACGAUACUCAGUGAGACCAAAUGGGACGAAAGUGUGCUAACCGUCCGUCCAAUCCGCAACCAGCUGUGCGACCUCAUGAAUAUUCCAAGGCCAGUGUUAAAGAGUGCAAAAGCAACAGAUUCCAACCCAGCCAACCAAACCGAGUUACCAAGCCAAACAUGAUACCACUGGGGUCAAAGGUCAGCCUUUUCUGCUUCGUAUUCCAUUUAGGCGAGGUAGAGACGAGAUUGUGAUUGGUCCUUCAUAGGUCGGCCCCGGUACUUCGUGGAGUAAUGUGAUUGGACAGUUGAUGAUUUUGGAACCAGUGAGAGUUUCAGAGGUCACUGGAAAGAGGCUUCAUUGAAAAACCCUCCCCACUCCCGAUUUAGUUUGUAUUCAUGCAUAAUGCAAUUUGGCAGGAUUUUGUAAACAGGCUUACAUAAACUUUAGUAGCGUAAUUGGUAUUGGUGUGCGCGAAUAAAAAAGUUUCGUUGUUCGUUGCUGCCUGGAAAAUAUCUGAUCUAGCACACUUUAAGAUUUAAAAUGUAAGUAAACAGGAUAAUUUUCAAAUUAGCUUUUGGGCAGGUGAUAUAUAUGCAGGGGAGGAAUGGACUCUCGAAAACUUUGUCAUUUGAAGAUACUUGCAAAUCACUACGAACUACGAACUAGGUUCAAAGCCCACGUGAGCUGGCUUUUGGGGCGUUGUAAGUCUUUAAGUUACUCUGCUGCUGAACCUAAGAACUCUGUUGGUAAACCAUAGGCAUGUGUCAGACUUCCACAACUUCGAAGAAUAGUAAUAACUGCAAUCUACCACGUAGCCUUGUCAUUUUCACUUUGCGUAUCCUAAUAUCUGAUACGGAUAAUAUAAGAAAAAAAGUCUAGAUGGUCGUAAAUUCUCGAGAGCUUAAAAGGCUCCAACGGUGUCAUAAGUUGGAAUGUUAGGGCGCUCGUUAAAAUCCAGCUCAGCAGUUGUCAUUUUAGAGAUUUAUAGUUCUCCUUGGCAAAGAGUGUCUCCCCUUUAAAAAUAAGCACAGGCUUUUAAAAAAAGCAGGCCCCUGGUCAUGUUUCGCAAGCAGCCUGUCAAUAAAGGAAACGGUAAUAAACUAAGAGCCCGAGAGAUGAUAACAAUGCCCGCUAAGUGCAAUGCUUCAUCAAAACAGCAUAACUAAAAUAGACCUUGUCCCUUGAUUUGGCAUUUCAUAAGUGGUCUCUCUCCAGAGCAAAAAAAAGGGAGUCCAUUCUAAUAAUUAAGCAACGGCCAAAUGUGAUUAUCACUUCCGCUUGUUUUCGCGCAAUCUCUCAAAGGCUUCGCUGCUGAUUCCCAGAGUGCUUCGUGGAUUUUUUGGGUUUUUUGUUUGUUUCAAAUGCACGCACACGACAAGUCUCGACGCCCAUGCAAGUGGUUUGAGGAGAAUAGGAAGACAUCGUCAAGCCAGGAGCGAUCUCGGUGAUGGGGUGGAGUAAUCAACGCAGUGGGAUAAUGCCCCUCCGUACAUUUAACACGAUCAGCGUCGAGUGAGCGGCCUCGAUGCCAUCAAUUCUUGAUUCUUGAUGGUUCAAUCGAAUCAAGGUGGCAAACAGCAUUUCAGGUGAUAAACAUUCAGGACGUUCAGUAAAAGAAAAAAUGCCUGGAGGGAACUUUCUAUAAGAAGUUUACUGUUAAUACGAAGGUUACUGGUGUUAACAAAAUCAGACAGAAAGUUCUCAUAAAAAUCGAAAGUCGAGUCGUUCCUUUGGGUCAGGAGCCUGUCAUAUUUGCUGCGCAAAACUUGUGGGCAAGUUGGGUCAAGAACCAUUGGGUAUGGUCAUGCGUGCUGGCCAUGGCUGAUCAUGCCGCUGGUAAAAAUGUAAUGGAAGGUAAUUUUAGUGAAAGGGAAAACUACAAAUGCAUUUUGGAACAACAUACUUGUAAUGAGAGCUCACAUUGGAUUUGGUUAAAAUGAUUGUCCAGUCGCCAUGGAAGGAUGUUGUACCUAGACGUCUACGCAUCUCGUCUGCUGAAAAGACUGUCACGUCAUUUUAAUCGUAGUCUCAGCUCUCCCAUUCUUUAAAUGAUUUUGGCAGGGUGAAAGCCUCGAAAUGCCCCAGUGGCAGUACUUUCGGCUUGUUCGAAGUACACCUUCACGUUGGUGAUGAAAAAGUCCAUUUUGAGCAGGUUUUUGUUUAAGGUUUUCGGUCCAGCUGUAUACCUUCCUGGAAGUUUAUUAAUAAGGAAUGAAAUUCUACAUACCUACCGCCGGGAGCUAUGAAUAUGAUUAAUAUUGUAUUACCGUCUUCACCUUUCAAUAUUCCGGGCCAAUUGGCCUCUACUGGGAAACAGUUCUCGGUGAAUAUCACAGUGUUGGCUCGAGGCCGUCUGACGACAUACUCUAUAUCUGACCCAACCCGCAUCAGCGAACCACUCCCAAGGACCUGAUCGCAAGUAGCCACAACAAACAGGACGUAAGGGGGGGGAGCUUUGCCAACCUACGGACAGAGACAUUUUGUCUUUUGUAACUGUGUGUUGCUGGCCGCAUAAGACUGGUAUUGGUGCGCAUGCGUUCACAGGUGUCCAACUUGGAAACCAUGUGCCAAGCAAAAAAAAAA